AUGAGGCAGGUCGAUGCGCCGGCUCAGGAGCAGGCAGUCGUGCAAGCAACCUCGGAGAGGUCGAGGAAUUCGUCAGUUCAGCAAACUCUCCAUGAGCAUCUUCCCCCCGCCGCCAUCAGUCCGUUCAAUCAGCCUGCUUCAACUCCAGCCACGAGUUGGAAGGAGGUGCAAACACCUACGCCGUUGCCUACGGUCUACAGCUCAAUACCGCCCGGCUCAACACUUGGACUGGCCAACUAUGAACAUCAUGGGGACGUUGUUUUUCCCUUUACGCAGCCCCAUGAGGUGAGGUUGAUGAAGUAUUACCUCGAAUACAUGUGCACCUGGUUCGACCUCUGUGACGCCCGCCGCCACUUCGCCAUCGUCGUCCCUCAGAGAGCAAUAACCUGCCCGACCCUCCUCAACGCAAUCUUCGCCCUCUCAUCCCGCCACCUCAGCCUGCACGAUCAAUACGACCCCUACGCCUCGGACCGCUACCACCAGGAAUGCCUCAAGCACCUCACCACGAUCUCCAACGACUCCUCGGCCCUGACAAAUGACGACCUCCUCGCCGCCACCAUCCUCCUCCGCACCCUCGAGGAGCUCGACGUGCCCCUCAUCGGGACCGACCACGAGGGCCACCUGCUCGGCAUCCAGCUCUUCAUGAACACGCAGAACGGCGGGCUGCCGCGCCAGAGCCAGUUGCGCCAGGCCUGCUUCUGGGUCGGCCUGCGCCAGGAGAUCACCAUGGCCUUCGCCACGCAGCGGCCCAUCAUGGUGAAACUCGACCACCUCUUCAUCGACCGCUCGUUCUCGCCGGCCGACGACGACUGCUGGGCGAACCGCAUCGUGGUGCACUGCGCCGAGGUGGUGCAGUUCUGCUUCGGCGAGGUGGACAACCGCAAGCGCGAGUACCAGCGGCUGGUGGAGUACGACCGCAACUGGUUGAGGGCGCGGCCGUUGUCGUGGUUGCCGAUUGCAUAUAGCGAGCCGGAUCCGGCGGCGGAUCAGGCGUUUCCGCGGAUCUUCUAUAUCAACCAUGCUGUUGUCAUCGGCAACGUUCAUGGCACUCUUGCCCGGGCACUCCUCAUGUGUCACGAUGAAAGCAUUCCACGCAUAGGACCAGCCCGCAGACUGGCGAGGCAAAAGCUGGAUAACGACAUUAGAACGCAAAUACGAGAACUUUGCGGCACCGCUCUCUCCAACAAGGACACAAUUCCAGCCAUGUUCACGGCCUGCAUGGGCGUGACCGCGUGCGGCGACCGGUUCACCGACCACGUGGAGCAAAGGGCUCUUCUCGACAUCUUGGUCAAGACGGAUGUGCACCACAUGUGGCCGACGGCGUCGGCGCAGUCGCACCUGAAGCGGGCGUGGGGUUGGGAGGACGAGUCGUGA